AUGCAGUUCAAGCAGAUCGCCGCCAUUGUUGCCUCCUGCGUCGCUCUUGGCAAUGCAGUGGCAUUUCAAGAACCUGCAGCCGAUCAGGGCCUUGCUCUCGAGUUGGCAGCACCGAACAAUAUCUUGGCUCGCAGCCUCGAUCAACAAGUCAAGCAAGUCCGAAGACUGCAGGCUCGCGCCGAUCAAGCCGAAGAGGCCGCUGAUCGGCUCCAGACCCGCGAGGCAGAAGAUGCUGCCAUCGAAGCUCGUCAAGAGCACUUGGACCACGCCAAGCUCGUACGCCGGGCACUGAUGAGUAACUUGGGCUAUCACAACAACUUUGACGGUCUUGACUUGGAAGUUCGUGGCAUUCAUGGUCUGAAACUCGGUAGCCGACAACAAGUCAACGGCAACCAGAACGACCAGGGCCCCCCAUCCCAACGCCCUCGCUACGGGACCAACGGCCACUGA